CGUUUUCUCUCUCGACGUCGCUCAUGUCAUGCACUCCCUUAGCCAGGAAAUCCGAGCCUUCUCCCGGAAUCAGCUCCGGAAGCAGUGCACCCGGGUGACCACGGUGACUGGAAGGACAGUGAUAGAGACCUGGGAAGAUGCCACCGUACAGGUGCUGGAAGAAGUAGAGCCCGGCGGUGGGGGCGGUUGUGGGUUCGUCCAGGACCUUAGUUUGGACUUGCAAGUUGGCGUGGUUAAGCCCUGGUUGCUCUUAGGGUCACAAGAUGCUGCUCAUGACCUGGAUACACUGAGAAAGCACAAGGUGACUCAUAUUCUUAAUGUUGCAUGUGGAGUUGAAAAUAUAUUCCUCAGUGACUUUACAUAUAAAAACAUCUCUAUACUGGACUUGCCUGAAACCAAUAUACUUUCUUAUUUUCCAGAAUGUUUUAAAUUUAUCAAACAAGCAAAAAUGAAGGAUGGAGUGGUUUUUGUUCAUUGUAAUGCAGGAGUUUCCAGGGCUGCAGCCAUUGUCAUAGGUUUCCUAAUGGAUUCAGAAGAAAUCUCAUUCACCAGCGCCUUUUCUUUGGUAAAAAAUGCAAGACCUUCCAUUUGUCCAAAUGCUGGUUUCAUGGAGCAGCUUCGUGCAUAUCAAGAGGGCAAAGAGAACAAUGAGUGUGAGAGUAUAAUGGAGUUAGAAGGAUGCAGUGGUUCACAAGAAACAUUCUCGUGAAUGUUUCUCGAAGAUUGUUUCUCGAAGAUGAUGAGUGACCAUAAUUUCAGAAUUAGCAUCGUUAGCCACCUUCCCCUUUUUAGAGAGGAGCACUGUAGCACUGUCCUCCCGUUGUUUACUGAUUAGUUCGAGCGGUCCCAGUAACGUCUCCAUUGUGACACUUCUUGUUACUGUGUUUUGGCAUAUCGAAUAUGUCACAGAUAGCUUGCAGGCUUUGCCAUGCAGGCGGGAUACUCUUCAGUAGCUUACUGGGCUCUCCAAGAGGGCCAGAGGAAGAAUUCCCUUUAUUCUUACCUUUUUUUCAAGUAGAAAAGAAGAACAUUUGAUCUGAGCAAGUAUAUAAAAUUCUUUUAAAAUUAUAUUUUCUUUGUUUUUUAUAAUGUGACUAAAUGUUUCUUUGAUUUGCUAAGGAAAAAAUGACAACAUAUUACCAAUAAGUUUUCUAAGUGAGCAAAAGUUUACACUUUAGGGCCUAAAAAUAUUUAGUUGGUGAAGAGUUACGAUUUUUCCUUUACAGCAACUAUUAAAACUUGAAGUACACCUUGACCUCAGAGGAAAUCUAAACCACUGCAGGAUCACAGUGAAUCUUCUCAUGGUGCUUAGAAAA